AUGAAUAAUUUUGAAGACAUUCAGGUAAAUCAAGUGACGCCUCCCAUUGCUCACAAUAGAAAGACCGAGGCGAUAUUUGUUACACCAAUCGGAACUCCUUACAAGUUUUUUCUGGUUGGAAAGGAUGACUCAGGAAAGGAAGUUGAGGCUGUUUACAAAGAACGAAUCACUCAACAUGGAGGUACCCUAAUAGAUUCUACUGACGAUCCAUUGACUUUGUUUCUGGCGGAGUCUCAGGAAAUUCUUAAUCGAAAUUUGCAGACAGUCCCGAAUAACCGUCAAGUUUACCGUUUGUCGUUUAUCGAUGACUGUAUAACCGAGGGAAUCGUUCUCCCACUGGAGAAUUACACGCUCCUGGUGGACACUAAUGCACAAGUGUACAAGAUGACUCCAGUACGAAGCUAUUUCACUAAGGAGGAAGACAACAUUAUUGCAGAGACUUAUCGAUUAUUAAUACCAACACAUCGUCCAGUUGAAAUCAAUACUCAUAUCCACAAGAAGUAUCUGCCACACCGAACGGUUUAUAGUAUCAAGUCUAGAUACAAUGAAAAAAUCCGCAAGAGCUUAAAGUAUUACUACCAAAGUGAUCCAGAUUCUAAAGAGUUGCUGAGAGAUGUUGAGGGAAACUAUGUCAGAGUAUACAUCAAUGAUGCGGACGCUUCUACUGCAGAUGAUAAAACCUCAGAAGAGCCAUUGACCUCUUCUACGCUACCAGGGAGAGUUAGAUACUCUGCCAAAGAUGAUUUUCAGUUAUGCAGUCAAAUUUUGAAGUAUAAUGUUCGUGAAAGCAACAUCAAUGAUGUCAACGAUGAAGAUCUCAAGGUAAACUCAUCAAUUUUCCAGGAGCUUGCAGACAGUUUCCCACAUCACUCCAAGAAAUCUUGGUCAGAACGAUACGCAAAGUGGGUAUCUGCAUACGGUGUUGGAAGUUACUAUCGAUACUACCAAGCCAGACUUGAGAACCAUGAAGUACCUGAACCAGUUAGUAAUUUGGUAUUAGAAAAGGGAAAAUACGCAGCAUCUACCGCUUUGAGACAAGUCAGGAAUAUCGAUUCGGACGACGAAGUUCUCCAUGAUGUGUUGGUGAAUGCUAAGAAAAGAAAACACUCAUCGUCAGUGAUCCCAAUAUCUUCCACCACUAGCAAAUCUGACCUAUCCCGUGUUUUCCUGCAAUCUCUCCAAAGAGACUCUCCUCCUAUAGACCCAGAAAAGAUCGAAAAAAUUGGCAAAGACGCUUACACGAAGCUGCUUAAAGACGUUCUUGCAGAGGUCAAAAUCUUUGACUCCCAUCAGGAAUGGAAAUCCACUUUCAAAAAUGCUCUUGGAGUCAAAGAUUACUACUUGACGUUCCUACUGGAUGUGACUAGUGGAAAUCUCAAACUAAUUGUUCAAAUCAUCUCUAAUUACCUGGAAGAUAACACCCAAUAUCUUACCAACUUUCCAGGGGUUUUCUUACCCAGACAUGACAUCAUUCUCUUGGCCAACGAGAAUAAAGAUGAAAUUGAUCAGUUGAUCAAAUACCAUUCUUUAGAAAAUGUGGAGAAGAGAAGGAAAUAUCUCUUUUAG